GGGUCACAUGCUUUAUUCAGUCUCUGAGUCUAGAGAAAUUCUCAUUAAGAGACAAAUUGAAAUAAUUCUGGCUAUCAGACUGAGAGAUGCUGCCUUUGCUGCUGUAUAUUGUUCUCCAGGCUGUGCACCUAUCUCAAGGGCUCAACAGUACAGAUGACCUUCCUCCGAAAAGUGUGGCAAAUGCUGAUCACUCUGACAAACAGAUUGAGCCCUCUAUGCUAAGACUGUCCCGGGACUGCUCUGGUGUUGUAAGGGCUCUUCACCAUAACACUACAGUGGAUGUGACCCUCAACCUGCUGGAUUCUCAGGAAAAGAAAGAGCUUGCUGAUCAAAUCUGUGAAAGUCUUGGUUGUGGCCAUUUUUUUGAACAUGGUGUAACUGCAACAGUACGCAAUGGCACUUGUCUUGCAGGCUGCAUCCUUAGAGACUCAAAACUGCACAACUGCACUACAGCUGCAGAACAUGACUGCACAAAUGCAACUGAAAUAAUUUGCGAGCACCAGGCUGUCCGACUGGUUGGAGGACAUGACCGCUGUUCUGGACGGGUGGAGCUACUGCAGUCUGGACACUGGGGAACAGUAUGUGAUGAUCAUUUUGACAUGAGAAGUGGAAAUGUAGUAUGUGCCCAGCUGAACUGUGGCAUUGCAGAAUAUGUGUCCUAUCUUGGGGCUGGAACAGGACACAUUUAUAUCAGCAAAAUGAAAUGCAAAGGCUCAGAGAGCAACUUAUGGGAGUGCAAUCUCAACGACACCACUCCCAGCAACUACUGUGGACAUAAAGAAGAUGCCGGAGUUGUGUGCUCAGAAAUUUCUGAGAUCUCGCCCACAACAGACGACACAACCAAGUUUAUAACGCAUACGGCAGAGACCACCGUAGUGUCGGCUAUGGAACCCGGCAGUGGAGUUUCAGCAGCAGCAAUUGGCUGCUUCAUCUUAUCUAUUGUGCUACUGCUGUUUAUUUUAUCAAAUGCUACUCUCUGUGUGCAUUUCAAAAGAGGACAGGCUUGUGUGAUUCCUCAACAUCACAGUUAUUUCCACACAAGCACAGAGUCCCAGUCCAAUGUACAAAUAGUAACCAACCAGCAGUUUGUUCCAUCCGCGGGGGAAAUACUUCAGCACGAAGUUCCUGUUCCAAAACUGAGCACAAACUAUGCCUAUAAAUAUUCCAGGACAACAGAUCGAACCUCUUUCAACUCUGACAGCUCUGCUGGUUCAAACUAUGAACAUCACAACAGCGAUCUAGUACAAAGACUUCGAAACAACUUACACAUAAAUGCAGUAGAUGCGAAUGAUUCAAGCAGUACAUCCUCUGGAGAGGGCUACGAAAACACAUCGAUCGGCACAAACAACAUUCUCAAGUCACUUGAGGAAACACCAUCACCUCGAGAAAAGACACCAUCACCUCAUGAAAAGUCACCAUCGACACCCCUGUCUUCUAGUGGCCAUCACUUACCAGAAGUUUUUAAUGAUUCAGAUAGUACAUCUUCUGGAGAGUGGUAUGAAUACACGAAGAUCGACAUGGAAAACAAUCUCCAGUCUGAUAACGACGAAAACCCAUCACUUCCUGAGAACUCUCUACAGACAUUGCACAGUGCUCAGAUGACAGCAAACACUGAUGCUUAUGGUGAGCCUUGCUUACCCAACAGUCAAGAUGUGAAUGACUCAGACAGUACAUCUUCUGGAGAGUGCUAUCAAAACAUAGAUGCAGACACCUUUCUUCAGUCUGAAAGCCCAUCCCUUCCUGAGCAGACACCCCUGAAUCACCACAGUACACAGAUGACAGGAAGCACAGGUGGUUAUGAAGACCACCAUGCACCUAGAAACCUCAGUCAAGAAACCGAUAAUAGUAGCAUAUCAUCGGAGGCAUCAUAUGUAAAUGUUCCACCAAGAAAAGAUUCUUCUGAAAGAGAAGUCUCAUCAGACAGCGACUACGACCAGGCUGAAAACUGGUGAAAUCAACGUGGCUACAACAAGAGACAUUUGUGCACAAAAGUGAAAUACAGAGAAACUCCAAACAACAUCCCAAAAAGGAUGGCUAACUCUUUAUUCCUAAUUCAACAUCUGGAUGUGUAUAGUGCUGUGCAUUUAUUAUUUAGGACUGAGGAUUCACAACAAUGGUGUCCCUAACACUUGAACAAAGAUGUGGAAUGUAACCCAAUUGGGCACUUGCAAUACCCAAGUGUUUCUAAGGACUAUUCAGCAAGAACUGGGAUAAUUAACAAUUGAAUAACAUUUGCAAACAAACAUAAAUUAACAAAUUAAAAUAAAAAUUUUAAACAAUGACAAAGAUCCAGCAUCGUAAUGUUUUUUCUAGUAUUUAACUUCAUCUAAUUAUUUUAUAAUAUCAAAACUCAUAAAAUUGUCCUGUAUGAAAAUUUCCCUAUUUAAGUAUGAAGUUGUAGUUUUUUAUAGAGAGCAACAAGUGCACGCCAACUUUUUCAGUCAUCUUGGUUCUGGAAGUUUUUUUCCCAUUCUCAUUAGGAAUUUCAUAAAAUUAUUUAUAAAUGAAUUGUAAGCCAUGAACCAGGUAUAGACAUUGUGGGUAUGUACUUUGUCUUUAAUGAGGGAAUGAAGCAUUGCGAAUGACAAUGGAAAUAUAAAAAACUAUUGAAUUUGAGUAGUUAAUAAGACGUAUACAAACAAUAUACUUUUAUCGUAUUACAAAAUAUUCAGACGUAUUUAAAAAAACCUCACUGAGAACUUAAUUAGGAACAUCUGUAUACCUUAUUUAUGUGAUUAUGUAAUCAGAAAAUCAUGUGGCAGCAGUGUAAUGCAUAAACUCAUGCAGAUAUGGGUCAGGAGCUUCACUUAAAGUUCACAACAACCAUCAGAAUGAGGAGAAAAUGUGAUUUCGACCGUGGCAUGAUUGUUGGUGCCAGAAAGGCUGGUUUGAGUAUUUCUGUAACUCCUGAUCUCCUGGGGUUUUCAUGCACAACGGUCUCUAGAAUUUACUCAGAAUGGUGCCAAAGAUCCAGCGAGUGGCAGUUCUGUGGAUGGAAACACUUUGUUGUUGAGAGAGAGAGGUCAAAAGAGAAUGGCCAGACUGGUUUAAACUGACAGAAAGGCUACGGUAACACAGCUAACUUGUAAAUUGUAGUGAGAAUAGCAUCUCAAAAUUCACUAAUCAUCGAAACUUGAGGCAAAUGGGUUACAACAGCAGAAGAACACCAUAGUGUUCCUAAUGAAAUGCUCAGUAUAUAUAUAAGCUAUAUAUAUAUAUAUAGAGAGAGAGAGAGAGAGAGAGAGCUGUCAGAAUUAACGCAUUAAUGCAUGCGAUUAAUUAAAAAAGUUUAACAAGUAGGUCUACAUUUUUCUUAAUUGCAAUUAGGGAUGUCGCAAUUGCCCUAUUUCACAAUUAACCGCGAUUAAAAUGGUCACUGUUAUUAAACUGUAAGAAUUUGGAAGCUAAGGCUAAAAACCGGAUAAAAACAACCAUGUUGUCUAUUUUAAAAACAAUUACUGAAAAUUAGUCUUUCGGUGUGGCUCUAUCUACUUGCUCCGCGCGUGUACCCUGCCCUCUGUCUGGCUGGCUGUGAGGCUGUUACUAAGGUGAUAUUAAGAAAAAUUUCACCUCACAUUGCUCGCGCGAGUUUGACCGCUGGAUUAUAAAUGUGUGUUUAAACUCACGUUUGUGCGAGUAACGCGAACCUGUGCGUAUUCCCCCUUCUCCAGAAAAGGACAGGAGGAGGGGCUUCUAUGACUUGGUUCAUAGUAAAGUACAACCAAUAGCUGGAAUCAAGUAGACGCGCAUAUUUUCAGAAUUUACAAGGUAGUCCAACUUCUUCGCUCACUUUCCUCCAAGCGAUGUCUUUUUUCGUCCGGUCUCUGUACAUGUAUGACAUAGUGUCAUAC